AUGCUUCUUCCCAAGGGCGGGUUCAACUGGAAAGCCGCCAGGGCUCAGUUGCCGCCGACUCGUGUCUUGUGGAAUGUCCUCACGCGAACCCGGUUUUUGCUUCUUGUGGGAGUCACAGGUAUCAUUCUGCUGCUAUGGCGGAGUAUUCGUAGCUCCGCGUCGGAAAUGCAGAGCUUUUACUGCUGGGGCCCGUCGAAACCGCCGAUAGACAUGUCGCAAAACGAGUAUGCGAGAUGGAAUGCGCAUAUGCAGACGCCCGUCAUUUUCAACCACCAUGCCCCUUUGACUGUUGAUUCUCCGACGAUACACGGUGUAGAUCUGAAUCCUAUCCAAUCGACACGAAAAGCUGUUGCCAACGAGGAGAGGGUUCUCAUCCUUACGCCGCUCAAAGAUGGUGCUUCUUACCUUUCAAAGUACUUUGAGCUUCUCGCCGAAUUAUCCUACCCGCACCAUCUCAUCGACCUUGCAUUUCUCGUUUCCGACUCCACGGACGACACUCUAGCCGUCCUCACCUCGGAGCUGGACCGCAUCCAGAAGAGACCCGACAAGAUUCCAUUUCGAAGUGCUACUGUCGUCCAGAAGGACUUUGGUUUUCAUCUUAGCCAAGAUGUUCAGCAGAGACACUCCUUCGAGGCUCAGGGCCCCCGCAGAAAAGCCAUGGGUAGAGCCAGAAACUACCUACUUGCAACUGCGCUCAAGCCGGAACAUUCCUGGGUCUACUGGCGGGAUGUUGAUAUCGUGGAAAGCCCUGCCAAGAUCCUGGAAGACUUCAUUGCUCACGACAAGGAUAUUCUGGUUCCUAACAUUUGGUUUCAUCGAUAUGAAAACGGUGUUGACAUUGAGGGUCGAUUUGACUACAACUCCUGGAUCGAGUCGGACAAGGGCCGAAAAUUAACCGCCAGUCUCGACAAGGACAUUAUUCUUGCAGAGGGAUACAAGCAAUACGACACUGGCCGGACAUACAUGGCCAAGAUGGGAGAUUGGAGAGACGACGCAAACGAAGAGAUUGAGCUCGAUGGCAUUGGUGGUGUCAACAUUCUGGUGAAAGCUGACGUCCACCGAUCUGGCAUCAACUUUCCCUGCUACGCAUUCGAGAAUCAAGCCGAGACGGAGGGUUUCGCCAAGAUGGCCAAGCGAGCCGGUUAUCAAGUCUUUGGCCUACCCAACUACAUCUUGUGGCACUAUGAUACCGACGAAAAAGGCGGCAACGCGUAA